AUGGCGUUAGCGCUGGGCAGAGGAAGGAACAGCCACAGUCGAAGGGAUGAGUGGGAUGCGCUUCCACCCCAGAUAUUUUCCAGAGAACAAUAUCCAAUAGAAGGCAUGGAAGGUGUAAUAAUCGAUAUGGUUGAUAAACUCAUACAUGGAUCCACUAGAGAGGAGCAUGGUCGCAAGGUCAUUGCAGUCCUGAGAGCUUUACAGGAUGCUGAUCUAACAGGAAUGAAAAAUCUGCCAGCUGGGGAUAUACAUGCAGUCACUUACUUGGAUUUGGUUAGGACUUCUAACAUCAGAAACAUCACAAUAUUUGUCAUCCUUAUAUGGAUGAUUCCCUCUGUUGGUUACUUUGGGCUAUCCUUCAAUACUCCCAAUAUGCAUGGAGACCCCUACAUCAACUGCUUUAUCUCUGCAGUGACUGAAGUGGCGUCAUACGUGAUAGAGUGGAUAUUGCUGCGUAUGUCACUUCAUCGGAUUUCCCUUGCUUGCAUUGUGGCAUGUGGUGGAAUUAUGCUGCUGUUGAUCCAGAUUUUACUUUCAAGUCACUAUGUUCUUACCAUUAUAAUGGCAAUGAUUGGUAGAUUCAGUUAUGCAGCCGCCUUGUCUAUGAUCUAUGUUUUCUCAACUGAACUGUAUCCAACUGUGGCGAGGAGCAUGGGCACUGUGACAUGUUCCAUGGUAUCUAUGAUUGCCACCAUAAUAUUUUGCUUUUCUGGCCUAUCGAUAGUGGCUGGAAUUUUGUGCUUGAUGCUGCCUGAAACAUAUGGCCAACCUCUUCCACGGAUUAUUGAUCAAGUCAAACCAAUUAUAUGUAACCGGGUUGAUGAGGGCAGUGUGGUUGAUGUAGACGUGAACAUUCAGAAGGCAUUUUGA